GAGUUACACAAAUUCAGCUAUAUUUAUUUACAGUGUUUUGCAUUUGUAUUCUAGUCAUCAUAUAUUGUUAGUUUUUUAUGUACCGGUAAUAAGCUAGUCUUUUAAAUUUUGUUUUGCAAAAAACAUGUGUGGACAUGCAUUAAAUUAACACUUUUUCUGCUAUAAGAAACUAGUCUUUUGAAAUGUCAAUUUGCCAAAAUCAUGAUUAGAUUUAGAUAUUCAUUGUAAAAACCGCCAUCAAAGAUUUUUCAGAUAAUUUAUUGCAUACCCUAGAAGCACGAUUGCAGAUUUUUUAAUGAAUUUUUAGCCUAGCAUCAUUUUAUAAUUAUGUGGCGGUAAAACGUCACUGAAGUGCCAGUAUAUUCAAGAACAUAACUAUAGACUUCCAGUAACAGAAGUUGUGGUCUAAUAUCUAGUCAGAAAUUUGAAGGGCGUAUCAAGAAAAACAUGUGGUCUAUAAUUGAGUUGUGAAAGAGGAAUGACUAGCAUUAUGCAAAAAUGGGUUUUAUGUCAUAUGCAGCCAUGGUAGAUCUUGACUAGUCUGCAAGGUUUCAUGUUCUCACUAGCGGACACGGUACCUCAAGACCUGCAAGGUUUCAUGUUCUCACUAGCGGACACGGUACCUCAAGACCUGCAAGGUUUCAUGUUCUCACUAGUGGACACGGUACCUCAAGACCUGCAAGGUUUCAUGUUCUCACUAGCGGACACGGUACCUCAAGACCUGCAAGGUUUCAUGGUCUCACUAGCGGACAUGGUACUUCAAGACCUGCAAGGUUUCAUGGUCUCACUGGCGGACACGGUACUUCAAGACCUGCAAGGUUUCAUGGUCUCACUAGCAGACAUGGUACCUCAAGACCUGCAAGGUUUCAUGUUCUCACUAGCGGACACGGUACCUCAAGACCUGCAAGGUUUCCUGGUCUCCCUGGAGGACACGGUACUUCAAGACCUGCAAGGUUUAAUGUUCUCACUAGCGGACAUGGUACCUCAAGACCUGAAAGGUUUCCUGGUCUCACUGGCGGACAGGGUACUUCAAGACCUGCAAGGUUUCAUGGUCUCACUAGCAGACACUGUACCUCAAGACCUGCAAGGUUUCAUGGUCUCACUAGCAGACACUGUACCUCAAGACCUGCAAGGUUUCAUGUUCUCACUAGUGGACAUGGUACCUCAAGACCUGCAAGGUUUCAUGGUCUCACUAGCGGACACGGUACCUCAAGACCUGCAAGGUUUCAUGUUCUCACUAGUGGACAUGGUACCUCAAGACCUGCAAGGUUUCAUGUUCUCACUAGCGGACACGGUACCUCAAGACCUGCAAGGUUUCAUGGUCUCACUAGCGGACACGGUACCUCAAGACCUGCAAGGUUUCAUGUUCUCACUAGUGGACAUGGUACCUCAAGACCUGCAAGGUUUCAUGGUCUCACUAGCGGACACGGUACCUCAAGACCUGCAAGGUUUCAUGUUCUCACUAGUGGACAUGGUACCUCAAGACCUGCAAGGUUUCAUGGUCUCACUAGCAGACACGGUACCUCAAGACCUGCAAGGUUUCAUGGUCUCACUAGCGGACACAGUACCUCAAGACCAGCAAGGUUUCCUGGUCUCACUGGCGGACACAGUACCUCAAGACCUGCAAGGUUUCAUGGUCUCACUAGCGGACAUGGUACCUCAAGACCUGCAAGGUUUCCUGGUCUCACUAGCAGACACAGUACCUCAAGACCUGCAAGGUUUCAUGGUCUCACUAGCGGACACAGUACCUCAAGACCUGCAAGGUUUCAUGGUCUCGCUAGCGGACAUGGUACCUCAAGACCUGCGAGGUUUCCUGGUCUCACUAGCGGACACAGUACCUCAAGACCUGCAAGGUUUCAUGGUUUCACUAGCGGACACAGUACUUCAAGACCUGCAAGGUUUCCUGGUCUCACUAGCAGACACAGUACCUCAAGACCUGCAAGGUUUCCUGGUCUCACUGGCGGACACGGUACCUCAAGACCUGCAAGGUUUCAUGGUCUCACUAGCGGACAUGGUACUUUUAGACCUGCAAGGUUUCAUGGUCUCACUGGCGGACACAGUACCUCAAGACCUGCAAGGUUUCAUGGUCUCGCUAGCGGACAUGGUACCUCAAGACCUGCAAGGUUUCCUGGUCUCACUGGCGGACACAGUACCUCAAGACCUGCAAGGUUUCAUGGUCUCACUAGCGGACAUGGUACUUUUAGACCUGCAAGGUUUCAUGGUCUCACUGGCGGACACAGUACCUCAAGACCUGCAAGGUUUCAUGGUCUCGCUAGCGGACAUGGUACCUCAAGACCUGCAAGGUUUCAUGGUCUCACAAGCCGACACGGUACCUCAAGACCUAACUGCGGGAAUGUGUAGGCUGAACAGGAGCUACCAUGGUUGCAUAUGGCUUAUAACAUGAUAACCAUUUUACGCACAAUGCAGGUGAAAUAUUGUAGUCUAUUGCAUAGUAGUUAUUCGGCAAAAAUGUAGUAUGUGGACUAGUUGCAAACAAGAACGUUGUAGUAGUUUGUUCUUGGGGUAGGGUGUCAGGUUGUUUAAUACCUUUUAUUGUUAAUGUAGCUAUUAUUUGUUGCUAAUUAUUUAUUCACUCUUGUUGUUAAUAUUAUUCACGUUUUUUUUGUGUUAUUUCUUGUGUACUGUUGUAGUAAUUUCUUGAAAUUUAACAGCCAAUCUGGUUUGUAUGGUGAAAUAGAUACAAGAACAAAAAUUAAACCAUUGCAAAAAAUUAAGAUUGUUUGAAAACAUUAAAUGUUUUUUGGGAGGUAAUAAUGAGGGUUAAAGUUAGUUAAACUAUAUACAGACAAAUAAGCAGAUCUGUAUUUGUAUACAAAAAAACAAGAAUUGAAGUCACCAUAUAAUUGCAUCAUUAUGCAUGAAGUGUGUAAAUGUUGUUAAAUAGCUUGUUUUUUGCGAGACAUUACUACUUCAGUAAUACAUGUGAUUUUUGUACCUAGGUUGUACAUGCACAAUAUUUAAUGUUUCAAUUAUUGAGUUGUACGUUAGUGUUUUUCCAGUUCCUUUCACAUUUUAAUACUUAAAAAAAAUAAAAAAAUAUUUAUGAGCUUUUGAUUAAUUCCAUCAUUGUAUUAUAUACCAAUUUGGUACUGUUUCCUGUAAUUUUAUAUGAGAUCCCUUUGAAUAUGACUUCCAUAUUUUUGAGAUACUUCAACAUUUUGAUCUUGGUCUGUUGAUUAAAGCACUUUCAUUUAGUUGCCCAGUAUGCAGCAUACCCGUCAAACUAUUAAACAGAGUCAUAUUUUAAUACAUAUAUUUAAUUUUUUCAAUUGAAAUUGUUUAUUUUUCUUCCAAACAGUUUGGUAGAGUUAUGAAAAUAAUACCAAGAUGUGCUUAUAAAGUGAUUGUUUUACCAUGUACCAUUCAUUCCAGAUAGUUGAAAUUGAAUAGAUUAUUUUUGUACAAACCCAACACCCCCUCGUGUUCAUUGACUUGAAAGAAAGUCGUUUGUUAACCAUUCUUCCAAACUUGCAUACAAUGUAGUUAAUAGAUGGCAUACUUCCUAUAUAAAAUCAUUUUUUACAUAAUAAGCUUGUAAUGAUUAUCCUUGUAGAUACAUAAUACAUAUUGUUGAAAAAAUUUCCUACUUCGUUCAAUAACAAUCUGCUUUAAAAAUACGUUGAUUCGAAGUUUGUGAUUAUUUAAAGUCGAUGCAUAGUUACUUUAUAUCGAACAUUUAAUAAAUCAAAAUGUUCACCCAACAGAAGGUAGAACCAGGAUGAGACAACAAGAUAAUCAUGCCUUAUCUUUCUUACUUUUACGCAUAUGCAUUAUGAAAUAAUGAAGCUUUAAAACACGAGUGUUCAAAUGAUCAUUUUAAUCACGUUUUGGAUAAAUCACUAGAUUUUGUUUUUGAAAUGUAUUUUUGUGGCUAUUUUCAUACUUAUCUAGAAAACUGGUUGUUGUCAAUAGAAUAUAUUCUAGUCUUUGUGGCUGUACUGAACACGUUGUGAGAAAUUUGUUGUGAAUAUUUUACCUGCCUAUAUCUAUAUUUAUAUUUUCCAAUAAAUAUUUUCUAUAUUUAUGAAAAGUUCCAUUUUAGUUGCCCUGUCCUUAAUUUAAAUGUGGUAGUGUCUAUAUUAACAUACAACAAGAUAAUGAAGAUGUUGUAUUAUAUUUUAUGAAAAGAACCAGCAAACAAACAUUUUUGUUAUUUUGACUAAAACGAAGUCGCAAUCGAUUUCAUGCUCAAUUUUUAUUCAAAACUGUCUCAUAAUUUUUCUUCAUAAAUGUCUAUAUGCAUUACCCAAAGGUACAUAAAUAAAUAUAUAUUUAAAUUUAAUAAACUUUUUAUUGAUUUUUAAUUUGAGUGACAAAUACUAUAAGUUAUUUGAUACUGAGGUCAAAUAAAUAUUUGACUGUAUCUUAUGUUUGUAAAUUUUUGAAGAAGUGUGCAUUGAAAGAAAUACUAUGGGAUAGACAAUCUCAAUUCUUUGUUAAAAGUAUUCUACCUCAAAGUUUAAUUUCUGCUAUAGAAAAUUUUCGUACCAAUCUUAAAAGUUUAUAGAACAAUACCUCAGAUAUUUAGCAAUUUCUGAUUCACCCGAAAACAUUAUAUUUGUUUGCAAUUUUAAUGUUGGUGUUUCACAGUAACUGAAUAGUUCCCAGUUGUUUUUGUAAAUAAAAGCCACUAUUUAUUUCUGGAGUAAAAUCUUGAAGUUUACAUUGAAAAAGAAUUGAAAUCAUAUUAAUUGUUAGCUGUCAAAAGUAAGAACAUUUUUAAAGCUAUGUUAUCAAAGAAUACUUUUGUACUAUAUGUCAUUAUCUGAAAAAAAUUGUAAGAAAAAGUAGAACUUUUUAGUUCACCUGAUCACAAUGUGCCCAUGAUGAGCGCUUUUGAUCGCCUUUUGUCCUUCAUGAGUUGUGAGGCAUCAACAUUUGCCUUGUGAACACUCUAGAGGCCACAUCUAUUGCCCGAUGUUCAUGAAAUUUGGUCCGAAGAUUUUUACCAAUGACAAGUUCAAAAAUGGUUCCUGUUGCUUGAAAAACAUGGCCGCAAGGGGGGCGGGAAAUGUUGGUCUUAAAUGGCUUUAGUGAAAACUUGUUAACACUCUAGAGGCCACAUUUAUUGCCCAAUCAUCAUGAAACUUGGUCAGAAGAUUUGUACCAAUGAUAUCUUGGACGAGUGUGAAAAUGGUUCUGGUUGCUUGAAAAACAUGGCCGCCAGGGGGGGGGGGGGCGGGCCUUUUUCCUUAUAUGGCUAUAGUAACAAUUUGUUAACACUCAAAAAGUCACAAAUAUAUUCCAAUCUUCAUGAAACUUGACCAGAACAUUUGUUCUAAUGAUAUUUUGUAGUUGUUUGAAAAUUGGCCUGGUCUGUUGAAAAACAUGGCUGCCAGAGGGUGAGGCAUUUUUCCUUAUAUGGCUAUAAUCAACCUUGUUAACCCUAUUGAGGCCACAUUUAUUGUCGGUAUAUCAUGAAACUUGAUAUAGUCAAAACUUGUUAACCCUCUUAAAGUCACGUUAAUUGUCUGAUUUUCUUGAAACUUGGUCAGAUCAUUUGUUUUUAUGAUAUCUUGGAUGAUUUUGAAAAUGGUUCUGGUCUGUUGAAAAACAUGGCCGCCAGGGGGCGGGGAAUUUAUCCUUACAUGGCUAUAGUAAAACAUUGUAAGCACUAUAAAAGUUACAUUUAAAAAUCACUCUUCAUGAAACUUGUUUAGAACAAUUGUUCUAAUGAUAUCUUGGGCUUCAAAGAACAGGUCAGUUCCUUUGUAUCUCAGGUGAGCGACUAUGGUCCUUUCAGGACCUCUUAUGCAAUUACUGGUACUGAAGGUCUGAUCUUAAAGCACUUUUUAGUUAUCCUUUUUGAGUGUUUUCUCAAUAUGGCAAUUGCUAUGAAACUAAAACUCAAUAAAAGAUAAAAAUAAGAUUUGCAUUUAAGUUAGAAAGACGAGGAAACUGUUUAUAUAUCAAGAACCAAUCUUUUUAUGUUCUUCUUGUUAUGGGUUUUGUCCAAGUAUUUUGUUGUAGAGUAAUCAAUUUGUGUUUGUGGUAAAAUUGUGUAGCGUGAACAGCUUUCUAUUUAUAGGUGAAUCUGGAAUUUGUAUUUUCAUAUUUUUCUACAGAAUAAAAAACUUGAUUUUAUUUAAAGAUUAUUUUUAUAGAAUUUUUGGUACAGUGUCCGUGUUUUUGUAUACAAAGCAUAUAAAUAUUGUGUUUGUAUCGUAUGGUUAUCAGUAUGUAGGUUUUUUAUGUAGAAAUUACUGUAUUAACACCCCUUUGAGGCCUAAAAUAAAAUAUAUGCUUCUUCACAAUCUCAUAUACAUGUACAUGACUUAUAGUGAUGGGGGGUAAAAUAAAUAUGGAAAAGAAAUCUUUAAAUUUGACCAACCAUGAACUACUCGUACAACAACUUUGUAACAAAAGUUGAUGUCAACGUUACAGUUACGUAACAGCUCAAAACAUUAUCAAUAUUUUCAAAUUUAAAUACAGCAAAUAUACUUCAAAGAACCAUGAAGGUAUUUAAAAGAUUUUUGCAUUGCAAUAAAAACAUUCUUACUCAAAUUUGGCGUGAUAUUUGAGCUAUAAACAACUUCUGAAAGGCAAUUAUUCCAAUUUCAAUACAGUCUAAUACAAAUGUCAGAAACUUCGAAAUAUAUUUACAGUAUAAAUAAUAUACAUGAUAUUGACAAAUUGUUACAGUAUUGUGUUUUAAAUUCACAAGAACAAAAUGGAAAGAAAAACAAAUCACAUGGAAACAGGAACUUAUUUCCGAUGGAUUUAUUAAAUGUUCUAGUGGACACAAUGCCUUUAAACAUUUCUCAAAUAAGUAACAGUCUUUCGGGUUUUGGCAAUAUUUCAAGAUGAGAUGUGGGAAGAGCAACUACACUAUUUUAUUUCAGGCCUCUUCUAAAGCAUCUCUAUCAUUACUUUAUUGAUAAUGCCGUCUUUUGAUACAACUUCUAAUUGGUGAUCCCAACCUGUUCAUUUGAUUUGUUACAUUAUUUUUGUAAAAGAAUGCUAAUUUCUCUUUAAAGUUUGUCCAAGAUUUUGGUACGCACGCCAAUGUUUUAUCAUGGUUUGUAUGUCACUUAUAUAUCCAUAGAUUGAUUUAUUUUAAAACCAAACUAGGAGGCAUGGUCUAUAAAUGUAAGGCUUAAAGAAGAGAAGAUUCAUUAAUAAUAAUAUUAACUUCUGUGUUGCCUCUUAAUUUAUGGUAAGAAAGUAAUGAACUUGAGUAAAACAUAGGUUAUAAUUUGUUUGACUAAACUAAUAAUAUUAUUUAAAGAAGUGUUGAUAAUUAUAUUUUAGUUCUAAGUUUUAAAUGAUGAAGUAUAAGGGGCAUAGUAUAUUUGCAAAGGGUCUCAAUAUAAAACCAGUAAUACAAACAAUUUUAUUUUAUUUACUUAAGCUGUAAAAUGACUUGUUUAAACUGUCAAUUACAUUGCCAUGUUCUUUUUCAUUAUAUUGAUGCACAUUGCUUCUAGCACUUGACAUGUUCAUUACAGCACUAGACACCUUUAAACACUGUUAUAUUUUUACCACUGAUUUUUUUUAAACAAUAAUCUGCCCAAAUCUUCAAUAAAGUUUUGUUUGACAUAA